AUGUUCCCCACGUGUGACCUAGUAUCGAAGUGUGCUUAUGGGAGCGGAAGAGCGAUGGGGCAGUCUGAGGAGCGGAAGAGCAGCAGGAGGGGCGAGCGUCUUCGAGCAUUUCAUCACAUGAUGCCAACUGAUGACGUCACGAACUCGCUGUUCCACGUCAGCAGCAACAGCCCUGACGUGUGGUGGUCCCUCCCUGACGGCAUCUCCGAGAAACUGCCCUUGCCACCCGGCCGCUGGCAAAGAAUUGAGGUGCGCGGGGAGGGUUGGGAGAGGGCAGGUGUAGGUCUCGCUUUCCCACUCGCUCUUUCACUCAAACGGUCCUUUGCACUUAAUAGAGAAGUGUACAGACUCGCCAACUUUCCAACUCUCGUCCGACUUCUCCCUCUCCUUCUCGUUGCCCCUCCCUCCCUUGCUGUCGCCCUCGACCAAAGAGCUUAUAAACUAAUCCCCCUCUUGCUUCAUCCCACUCUUCCCGUCCCUCUCCCCAUCCCGCUCGCCUCUCCCCAUCCCGCUCGCCUCUCCCCAUCCCGCUUUUCUCAUCCCUCUCCCUAUUCUGCUCUUCCCUUCCCUCUCCCCAUCCCGCCCUUCGGAUCCGUCUCCCCAUCCCACUCUUCCCAUCCCCCUCCCCAUCCCUCUCGCCUUUCCCCAUCCCGCCAGACGCAGGACAUGUACUACUACCUGCUCAUGCCUGGAAAUAGGAGCUCAGAACUAAACCGCCACUUUCCCCAUCCUGCUCUUCUCGUUCCUUCUCCCAUCGCACUCUUCCCCUCCCUUUCCCCAUCCCGCCAGACCCAGGACAUGUACUACUACCUGCUCAUGCCUGGAGCCCAAUGUACUCUCAAUCAGCUGCAGCAGGACGGCAGCAGGGAGGACGGCAGCAGGGAGGACGGCAGCAGGAAAGAUGAAAGCAAGAGGAGCACUGCAUCUGGUCCUCCUAGAUCCGACGAGCCCAUUACGUACUUCACAGCCCACAGCCGGCUGCGGUCACAUCUGGAGGCGGUGGGGGACUCGGUGCUAGCGCUCACGUGUGUGCUGCACCUGGUGCGCCAGCAGCCACCCCUGUCCAUGGGUGAUCUCACAUCACGCAAGGACAAGCUUGUGAGCAACAGGAGUCUGGCGGGCAUAGGAGCGGAGGUGCUAGGUCUACGGGGAGCCAUGCUGAGCUUCUCAGACGCGCUGCUCAUGCAGGGCAAGCGUGCUGUGUCUGUGGGGGGGGGUCAAGUGGAGUCUUCGUUAGUUGCGUGUACAAUGGAGGCACUUGUUGGUGCAGUGUACGCAGAAAAGGGCCUAGAAGCAGCGUCAGCCUUUGUGACCCGCCUGCUGCCCUCUCUAGUCGACUCCCGCACUGCUGCUCCACACUCACAGAAGCUGGAGUUUGGGCAUGAGCAUGAGCAAGAAUCCGGGCACGAGCACGGGCAUGAGUACCAGCAGCGGCUGCAGCAGCAGGACGGAGGGAGCGAUGUGAGGGUGGGCGAUGCUGCAGCAGUGGGGGGAAUGGAGUUCCCAGAAGAGUGUGACCCUGUGGCUCGUCUGCAGGAGAUGUCCGUGCAGCAACUGGGGCUCGUCCCACAGUACCGCGCCUGGGGCUCGUCCCUCAAUACCGCCCUUUUUCCCCUCCCUACCCCGCCCCCUCGUCCCCUCUCCCCCCGCCCCCCUACGUCGCCACCCCAUUCCCUCCCCCUCCCCCCCCCUACCCCGCCCCCUCACACUCUUUUCCCCUUCUACCCCUCACCAUGCGAGCACAGGCACACAGGGACAGACAACCCACACACGCCCCACGUGACAGAGAGAGUGCGAGUGUAUGCAGCAGGGAGGAGGAUGGGCACGGGAAUGGGGCCAACACUGGAGGAGGCGAAGAGAGACGGGGCAACCAAGGCACUGUUAGCAUGGGGUAAGGUGUUUUCUGGGGAGGGGGGAAGUGAGGAAGCAGGACGCGAGGCGAGUGAGUGUGCGGAGGAAAGGACUGGUGAUUGA